AUGAGAAAUUUUAGUUUCAAAAAUUCAUGUAUAUAUGAUAAAUUCGUUCCAUAUUCAAUAAUAUGUUUAAUUUUAUCAUAUCAUGUAUUGGCCCUUAAUGAUAAUAAAGAUAUAUCUUUAAAUAAUGCUGGUUUACUUAUACCGAAACAGAAUUCUGAUAUUUUGGCAGCAGCUUUGAAUCUAGAUAGAAAUAACAAUUAUAAUAGUUAUAAUAAUAAUAAUAGAGGUGACAAUGAUAAAUGUCCGCCAUGUUUUAAUUGUAUGUUACCCAUCUUUGAAUGUAAACAAUAUUCUCAAUGUAAUGAAUUUAGUGGUAGGUGUGAUUGUAUCGAUGGAUUCGGUGGAGAUGAUUGUUCCAUCCCAUUAUGUGGUUCGUUAGCUGAUGAUAAUAAUAAUAGACCUCAACGAUCCUCAAAUGAUAGUUCAUGUCUUUGUGAUGAUGGUUGGAGUGGGAUCAAUUGUAACAUUUGUCAAGAAGACUCUGUUUGUGAUGUAUUCAUGCCAGAUAACAGUGUUAAAGGUACAUGUUACAAGAAAGGGAUGAUUGUUAAUCGAUUACAUCAAGGUUGUGAUGUAACGAAUCAAAAGAUUUUACAAAUUCUUGAUGGGAAAAUACCACAAGCUACAUUUUCAUGUGAUAAAGAAAAAGAUUUAUGUAAUUUCCAAUUUUGGAUUGAUCAAAUUGAAAGUUUUUAUUGUGAAUUAGACACAUGUCAAUUCAAUUAUGAUAUCUCCAAAAAUACUUCUCAUUACAAUUGUGAUAACGUUCAAUGUAAAUGCCUACCAGGAACUAUGUUAUGUGGUGCUAAUGGAUCCAUCGAUAUUGGAGAAUUCCUAUCAGAGACAAUUAAGGGACCUGGUGAUUUUACAUGUGAUUUAGAGACAAGAAAAUGUGUAUUUUCGGAACCUUCGAUGAAUGAUUUGAUAUCGACAAUCUUUGGUGACCCUUAUAUUACCUUAAAAUGUGAAUCUGGUGAAUGUCUACAUUAUAGUGAAAUUCCAGGCUAUAAAUCACCUGCAGAUCAAGGUAAUAUGACCCUUAGAGGUAAGAUUAUAUUGGCCCUAACUUCUAUUGCAGUAUUAGCUGUUGCCACAAUGACCGUCUUUUAUAUCUCAAACUCUCCCCUUUUUAAACAUCCGAUUUUCUUAGGUGAUGAUAGUGAUUUAACAAGAGAUAUAGAUGAUAACAACAACUUCUUGAAAAGUGAUCUGUUAACAACAUUCAGCUUUGAAAAUAUUAAGUAUACAGUUCCACCAAUUGGUUCUAAAUCACAAUCAAUGACUACCGUUCUUAAAAAUAUUACAGGUUGUGUGAAACCGGGACAAAUGUUAGCCAUCAUGGGUGGUUCAGGAGCAGGCAAGACCACUUUGUUAGAUAUUUUGGCAAUGAAACGUAAAUCAGGCGUAGUAGAUGGUACAAUUAAAAUCAAUGGUAUUGAAGUCCCCAAGAAACAAUUUUCAAAAUUGAUUGGGUUUGUUGAUCAAGAAAAUUAUUUGUUACCAACAUUAACAGUAUAUGAGACUAUCCUAAACAGUGCAUUAUUACGUUUACCAAGAUCGAUGUCCUUAAGAGCCAAACAGGCAAGAGUGAUACAAGUUUUAGAACAAUUAAGAAUCUUUGAUAUUAAAGACCGUAUAAUUGGGGAUGAAUUUCAAAGAGGGAUAUCAGGUGGUGAAAAGAGACGUGUCUCUAUUGCUUGUGAGCUUGUGACCUCUCCGUUGAUACUUUUCUUGGACGAACCUACGUCUGGAUUAGAUGCGAACAAUGCGAACAAUGUGGUUGAAUGUUUAUGGAAAUUGGCUAAGGAUUAUAACAGAACAUUGGUAUUAUCAAUCCAUCAACCAAGAUCUAACAUUUUUAACCUGUUUGAUAAAUUGGUAUUAUUAAGUAAUGGUAAUAUGAUAUAUUCAGGUGAUGUCAUUGGAAUCAAUGACUAUUUAUUAAAUAAUGGCUUUAAAUGUCCAUUAAAUUAUAACGUUGCAGAUUAUUUAAUCGAUAUUACAUUCGGAUCCAAUAGACAACUUGGAAAUGUAGACGCAACAGCUGAUUUGGAACGUGGAAUUAUAGAUAUUGAUGAACAAGACCAAGAGAGGAGGACAGAUAAUGGUAUACAUAUUAUCCAUAAUGAUACUACUACGACGUUGGGUUCUCAUUCCUUGAAUAGGAGUACUACCCAAAACGAAUGGGAACAUUUUGCUGAACAUCGAGAUGAAAUAAGAGGUUUAUUGCAAGAUGGUAGUGAUAGACAAGCAACUGGCGGAACAAUUGUUGAAUUAUCCAACACUGAGUUCUUAACAGAAAAAUAUAAAGAAAGUCCUAAUUAUGCAUCAUUAUUACAAGAUAUUUCAGAUAUCAAUAAUUUUGAUAAUGCUGAAAGUGUAUCGUUAUUACAACAAAUUGAAAUUCCAAGAAAACAUAAACCUGCGACUUUUUCUCAACAAUUAUCUAUUCUUUGUUCGAGAUCGUUCAAGAAUAUUUAUAGAAAUCCUAAAUUAUUAUUAGCGAAUUAUUUAUUGACGAUUUUGUUAAGUUUAUUUUUGGGGACAUUAUAUUAUGAUGUUAGUAUUGAUAUUAGUGGAUUUCAAAAUCGUAUGGGGUUAUUUUUUUUCAUUUUAACAUAUUUUGGAUUUGUUACAUUUACUGGAUUAAGUUCAUUUGCACAAGAAAGAUUAAUUUUUCUAAAGGAAAGAUCGAAUAAUUAUUAUUCUCCAUUAGCAUAUUAUAUUAGCAAAAUUUUAAGUGAUGUAUUACCAUUACGAGUGAUUCCACCAAUUUUAAUGACAAUAAUAGUUUAUCCUUUAAUUGGAUUAAAUAAUGGUGAUAAUGCAUUAUUGAAAUGUAUUUUAAUAUUAGUAUUAUUUAAUGUUGGUAUUGCAUUAGAGAUUUUAUCCUUAGGUAUAAUGUUUGAAAGUCUUAAUAAUUCGAUUAUUGCGAGUGUAUUAGUAUUAUUAGCGUCGAUUUUAUUCAGUGGACUUUUCAUUAAUACUCAAGAAUUGACCAAUAUUGUGUUUAAGGAUUUGAAGAAUGUUUCGAUAUUUUAUUAUGCGUACGAAUCCUUAUUAAUUAAUGAAGUUAAGACGUUGAUGUUAAAAGAACGUAAAUUUGGAUUAAAUAUUGAAGUACCUGGUGCCACUAUAUUGAGUACAUUUGGAUUCCAAGUGCAAAAUCUAAUAUUUGAUUUAAAAGUAUUAGGAUUAUUCAAUAUAAUUUUUUUAAUUAUUGGAUAUUUAGCAUUAAGAUGGAUAGUCAUUGAACAGAGAUAG